CUUGGGAUCAAAGGUCGGGAAAGUGCAGGGGGGCAGGUGGGACAGAUACCCCCGCGUCCAGAAGGAAGCGGUAAUGCAAACCGCACUGAAGAAUCAUCACCAUCAGAGGAGGAGGAGGCACUGUUAUCCACUGCUCUCCCCUGCGCGCAGGCAGGCAGGAGUAGCUGCCUCAGAUGCAGUCGGGUAUCUGAUGUAGUCACUUCCUGGUUAGACUGUUUUACCCGAGAAUCGGGAAGCGCUUUUUUGUCAGACUUCGCUCCGCGAACCCGUUCCGCAGACCACUCGUCGGGUCCCGGUGAUAUGCCGAGUGUCUUUUGAGCGGCGGUCAACGGGCGGGAGAUUCAUUCACGGUAGUCGCCAUCUAAGUUAGCUAACAAGCUAACGCUGACGGUAGGGCUGCGCUGCGCUUUAGCUAUGUCCGCCUCGGCUGGAUGCUCCCCCGCGGGCCACAGCUCGGGCCUGGGCCCCGGGAUGUCCAUGUUUCGCUGGCUGGAGGUGCUGGAGAAAGAGUUCGACAAGGCGUUCGUGGACGUGGACCUGCUGCUCGGAGAAAUCGACCCGGACCAGGUCGACAUCACGUACGAGGGGCGACAGAAGAUGACCAGCCUCAGCUCGUGUUUUGCUCAGCUGUGUCACAAAACCCAGACGGUUUUCCAACUCAACCACAAACUAGAGGCUCAGCUGGUGGACCUGCGUUCUGAGCUGACGGAGGCUAAAGCAGAGCGGGUGGUGGUGGAAAGGGAGGUCCAUGACCAGCUUCUGCAGCUUCACACUCUCCAGCUGCAGCUUCAUGCCAAGCGAGGCCAAGCUGAGGACUCUGACACCAUCAAAGUUAGGCUGCCUGCACCAACAUUUGAAGAGAUGGAACAGGAGCUGGGCGCCAGUAAGAAGGAGAAAAUAGUGGAGGCCAGGCUGGAGACAGAAAUGAGACUAUAUAAGAAGGAAAACGAGGCCCUUCGAAGGCACAUGGCAGUGCUGCAGGCCGAAGUGUACGGAGCCAGAUUGGCUGCCAAAUACCUGGACAAGGAACUGGCUGGCAGGGUACAGCAGAUCCAGUUACUAGGCCGUGACAUGAAAGGGCCAGCACACGACAAGCUGUGGAACCAGCUGGAGGCCGAGAUCCACCUUCACCGCCACAAGACCGUCAUUCGAGCGUGCAGAGGUCGCAACGAUCCAAAGAAACCUCUCCCCUCUCCUCUGGGGCACCACCAAGACCUGCUGAAGAAAACCCAGGGAGUGGGCCCCAUCAGGAAGGUGGUGCUAGUCAAAGAUGACCAUGAGGGGCUGGGAAUCUCCAUUACAGGUGGGAAGGAGCACGGUGUUCCCAUUCUCAUUUCAGAGAUCCACUCAAGUCAGCCCGCGGACAGAUGUGGUGGUCUGCACGUCGGAGAUGCCAUCCUCGCCGUCAACAGCAUCAAUCUGCGCGAUACUAAACACAAGGAGGCCGUCACCAUCCUGUCCCAGCAGCGAGGACAGAUCGAGUUCGAGGUGGUUUACGUGGCUCCGGAGGUGGACAGCGACGAUGAGAACGUGGAGUAUGAAGAUGACAGUGGCCAUCGCUACCGCCUCUACCUGGAUGAACUGGAGGACAGCAGCACGGCGCCCACUAGCAACAGCUCGGCAUCACUGCACGGUCUGGAGAAGAUGUCACUGAGCAACGGAGCAGAGAACAGAGACACUGGGAUCUCCAGUGAGACGGCUUCAGAGGAAACCCCUUCAAAGCCCCCCGAGACGGACUGCUCUCUCUAGAGGCUCGGCAAAACCAUGGGUAUCUGGAGGGAUGAGAGAAGGAUUGGUGGGUAAUCCCUCUCAAAGAACUGAAUCAAAGAAUCCUGUCAACAGAAAUGUCCGUUUUCUCUUUUUCCUCUCAGUUCUGGGGUGGGUGGGGGGGUUAAGCCUUGGCUUGUUGCAAUGAUUUGCCGUAAAAAGUCCAGCAGAGGUAUGAGAUGAGUAGACGAGGGAGUGAUACUGAACAAUGUGUGACGUUUUCUGUGAUAUUUUAUUGAGAAAGUUUAAUUUGUGUAUGUAAAAAGAGCAGGAGGUGGUAGUUACGGAGCUGAGCUGCCUUAAAGGCGCCGUGACGUCUGGGAGGCCGAGGAAAAACGAAGAGUGUUUUGCUUCGGCUUGUCAACACUAUUACAAGACUGUUGUGAUGUCGGGACCCCACCCAAGAGAGGCAAGGAAACAUUUAAAAGACUGUUUUCCAAAAAGAGAAUACAUUUGUUAACUAGUACUUCAGAUGUACCAAUGUACCAAGGCCAUUCAGUCACAUUGAAAUGAGACGUUAACAUAUCCAGUAUAGUAUCAAAUUACCCAAUACACCUUUUUUUAAAUUUUGACAGUUAAUAAAUCACAUUAGUAUUCUUUUUUUAUCCCUCUUAUCUAACAGAACUCAUAAAAAGAAGUGUAGUUCCUUCAUCACAUCAGUUUAAGCACUUUUGUCCUCUGUCUUCUAUCUGCUGUACUUCAACACUAUCCAUUAUCAUGAAGAGGAACUAUGAAGACAUUGUCACAUUUCAGAGCUUAUGUGAAUGGAAAACAAAACAUGCGGACCGCACGUCAUUUCGACGAGUGAUGGUUAUGAUGCCCAGUCAGAGCAGUGACAUCACAAAAACCACAAAGAAUGGCUCACUGCCCCUUUAAUAAGGAGCUGAGUAUAGGGAGUGGGUCCCACUGACCCAUUAUCCUGUUCAUCACUUACAUGUCACUGUAUGUUGGAUAUACAGCGGGUGGGCACUAUAUCACUUGUAUGAAAUAAUGUAAGUGAAUACAGUCAGUUUUUAAAAAUGGGGUCUUUCUUAGCGUGUGUGUGUUGCUGCAUACUUUGUUACUGUUUUUUGUGAAUCACACCAAUGUUCUAUUGUCAGAAACACCUCACAAUAUCUUACAGAAAACAAAACACAGUAUUUUAAACUGGGUAAAGAGUAGAACCAGUCUCUCCCUGACCCCUGCCUCACCAGUGUAAUGUUUCAUGUAACAUGUUCAGUUGAAUAUUUUCUCUGGUCCAAAGGAACAAGGAGCUGGAACCCGUAGUAUGUUUCCUUUGUGUCUCUAAACUGUGCAUCUUUAUGUUCAAGAUAAUCAUUUUAUUUAGCCUUUAAAUAAAGUUUGUUUUCAAUCUG